CUUAGACCUGCCCAGCGGAGGAUGGAGGGAUAGAGCCCGUCCAAGAGAUGGCUAAGGUUUCCAACACGACAGAUAAUCGCAACGGGCGGGUCCAUUCCCGGCACAUAGACCCCAUAGUCCAGAAGAUUCCCCAUACUAACCUGGAAAACGUGCAAUCCAGAGGGUUCUCUGCGGCAGCUCGCAACUUCCAGGAGCAUGGCAAGACCUCGAAUCUGCCCAAGGAAGAGGCCAAGGAGGGCACUGGGCAACGGCUGCUGAACAUGCUGAGAAAAACUCUUAAAGGGUCUGAAAGGAAAGAAAUAGGAGUAACACCUGACGCAUCAACUUUGGUGCCGUUUGGGGAUGUGGUUGGCUGCCUGGCUAUUCAUAUAAAGAACUGCAAACAUUUUACCCCGAAAAUCAGUUUACAACUUUACAGUGAUUUGUUCAUUCGCAUCUCUAUUAACAAUGUGGUGAAAUGUACAAAAACUUAUAGCUUGCUACCCCCAAAUGAUGAAAAGAACACUAUAAUUGCAUUUGAUGAAGUGAAGUUCUUUUCUGUACAGGUUCCCAGACGUCAAGAUAAUGAGAAGAAUAAUAUUUACUUAGAACUAAUGCGAUAUGACAAUACAAAACAGUGUCUUGUCUUGGUAGGGAGUGUUCAAGUACAUCUUUAUGAAGUAAUUCAGAAAGGAUGUUUUACUGAAGACCUCCAAAUGUUGAAUAAAAACACAUUUAUCUGCAGGAUGGAAGUGGAAUUUAUGUUCUCCUAUGGAAACUUUGGUUAUGGAUUUUCGCAUCAGUUAAAACCUCUUCAGAAAAUUAUUGAGCCAUCUAUGUUUAUGAAUGUUGCACCACCUCCAGAAAGAACAGAUCCUGUGACAAAUGUUAUUAUACCACAACCAAUAGAAUAUCCAGCAUUCUUAUCCCCAGACCUGAAAGUUACUGUUGGAGCACCUCCUGCAGCACCCCAGAUGAAACAGCCAUCUGUAGUGAGACUUGAGAAACUUCAGCAGCAACCCCGGGAAAGAUACACCUCUGACAAAGGAAAAAGCUGAAACUAUUCCUAGUGAGUUCCUGGAUAAUAAGAAAGGCCUGACUCUGUCAACUUUGAACCAGUCGGGUGAAAAUGAUUCAAAUGUUGUUGCUCCUAAAAAUGAUGCAUCAACAAAGAAAACGGAUAGUCCAUUCACCACUGUUCCUCGGCUGAU